AUGGACGAGAUAGAAAAGCGUUACGAAACUUUGAGCAAAGAAAGCCUCAGAUUUUUGGGACUGUGGCCAACUCAAGAAAAAUCAAAGCGCUACAAAGGCUUCGCUCUUGUGGCCUUUUUCAUGAUCAAACUGACGAUUCCUCAAUUUCUUUGCAUUAUUGUGAAUCCGGAUGACAAAUUCAUUUUCUUUGAAAAUACCAUGAUUUUGACAUUUUAUAUCAUGGUUUCUUCGAAGCACGGUGCAGCUAUGGUUAAUUUUUCCAAGGUGAAGGCUCUGAUGUUGAGUAUCGACGAGUUAAAGAAACCAUUUACGGAUCCUCAUGAACUCGAAUUGAUGAAGAAAUACGAGGGGCAAGGAUUUCUUUUAGCUCGAAUAUACGCCAUCAUCAUGCUUAUUACCGUUUUGGUAUAUAACAUGGUGCCCUUCGUGCCUCCUUUUCUGGACGUCAUCUACCCUUUGAAAAGUGGUCCAAGGCCCAUAAUAUUGCCAUAUCGAGGCGAAUUCAUUUGGUUCAAACAGGAAGAUUACCAUUAUUAUGUGAGCUUCGUGGCGAUCUUCGAUGUUUUGAUUUUUUUGCCUGUCUUCGUUGGCAUAGAGUCAGUUUAUACCACAACAGUCAGAGAAAUUUGCGGUUUAUUUGAAAUUGUUUGUAUUAGGUUUCAACGACAAUUUUCUAGAGCAGAGGGUUCGCCAACAUCUGAAAUUUCCGAUGCAGUGAAAUUAUACAACGAGUGUGUUAGAUGUGUACAAUUUUUGGAGGGUACAUACAGCAUUACAAUUUUUACCACACAAAUUACUUCUCUGCUGAUUUUUUCUCUCUGUGCUAUUUAUAUUUUAUAUGUAAAUAACGAUGUUUUUAACGGAUUAAGAUUUAGUACUUUUGGUAUUGCCAUUCUUAUACACAUGGGGUAUUAUUUCGGAAUUGGGCAACUGCUAAUAAAUAGUAGUGAUAAAGUCCACUUCAGCAUUUAUUCCAGCAACUGGUUUUUAGCUUCGGCAAAAUUGCAACGUUUACUAGUAAUGGCGUCUACUCGCACACUUUAUCCGUGUUUUAUCACGUCAGGAAAAUUGAACCCUCUUAAUUUGGAAUCGUUCGGAACAAUUUUGAAGAGGAUUGCGUCAACGAUAUCGGUGAUGUUAGCUGUUCUUUAAUGUGAGCUGUGAGA